AUGAAGGCUGAGAAGGAAACGGUGACACUUGAUGAAGGAAAAGAAAGUGUGGUAAUCGUAGGAAGAAGCAAAGAUGAAGCUGGAAUGAAGAAAGUGGAGAAGACAGAAGUAACCACACAUAAUCCAGAUACCUUAAGGUACAUAGAGAAGAAAAUGAGGGAUAAAGGUGUACAAAGAAUGGAUAGACAUCCGGUGGAUGGAAGAGGACUACACAAAAACCCCAAAUCUGGUCAUGGUGGUAAGUAUACAUGGGAAGGUCCUCGUGAUUUGGUAGAUGAAGAAUUGUCAAUGGGUCAAGAUGUACCAGCAGCUAUCGAUGAAGGUGAUCCAAAUUAUGUUGAUGAAGAGAUUGAAGAGAAGAUUAUGAGAGGUGAUAGUGAUGUUGUUGAUCCUGAUAUGAAAGGAUUUGUUGUAGGUGAAGUUGAUGUUGCUAAGACCGCUAAUGAUGCUCAUGGUGGUGUUUCCUGGGUCGAUGUGCAACCUGAACUUAACGUCUGA